UCUCUGCUACUGCCGUGUGUUGGGCUCUGACUUCGGUUUCAUUUCUCCUCAGAACUCUGGCCGUAUGUGUUUUGGUGCCACGUUGUUAGGUGCGUAUGUGUUUUUGAUCGUUAUGUACUGCAAAUCCUGUUUUCCUUGGAAUCCAUUGCUUUCCUGGUCCUCGUUCUCAAAUUGCCCCAGCCAAUCAGCUCCGCCUAGGCCUCUCUCCCUCACUUGUCUGUGCAGACACCAACAUGCAGAUUCCCACCUCACAACUGUACCACGAAAUCCUAUACAAGGGAAAGAUGGCUUCCGCCAGCAGGGUCAUGCGGGUAGUGAAGCCACCUGCACCAUCAAUACGGUUCUCUAACAGAAGGGUCAACCCUAAACUCGGUGCCUCAGAAGCUUUGGAAUCUGCUGUGACACCCUCCCACACCUCUGUAACCUCACAGCAUUCUAAAGGAAGCAUGUCCCCAGAUUUCCUGAUGCAUCAGGGGCCACCAGACACUGCAGGUAUAAUAGGAACAUUACCUCAGAAAUAAAGAAGGACACCCAUGUCUCAAUAGGAAAUGGAAUUUAUCCAGCAGAGGUCCAGAGAGAUCAUCCUAGCUUCUGUUUGUCACCAGACAAGGAUUAUCUCUACAAUAAAGGACCUCCAAAACGUCAUACGAGAAAUUGUAUAUUAAACAACUUAAUAAUUAUUCUGCGAGCAGAAUGAAGUGUAGAAA